AUGAACUCAAUCAAACGGCAGAAGCAGCGCAAGGUGCUGCUCAUGGGCAAGAGUGGAGCCGGCAAGUCAUCAAUGAGAAGCAUCGUUUUCAGCAACUACGUUGCCAAAGAUGUCCGGAGACUGGGUGCGACAAUCGAUGUUGAGCACAGCAAUAUCAAGUUCAUGGGAAACCUCAUGCUCAAUCUCUGGGACUGCGGAGGUCAGGACGGCUUCGUCGAGAACUACCUCAACCAGUCUAGGAACCACGUCUUUGGCUCCGUCGCCGUCCUCAUCUUCGUCUUCGACAUCGAAUCGCGCGAGUUCGCAGCCGACGUCGUCUCCUACUCCAAUAUCAUUCGCGCCCUCCACGAGUGCAGCCCCAAUGCCAAAGUCUUCUGUCUUAUACACAAGAUGGAUCUCGUACAAGCCCGCCUCCGCCAGGCCAUGUUCGACGAGCGCGCCGAGUACAUCCGGGAGGCUAGCGAGGGGUUCAAGGAUACGGUCGAGUUCUUCGCAACAAGCAUCUGGGACCAAAGCCUGUACAAAGCCUGGACAAAGAUCAUCUACUACUUGAUACCGAAUGCGGGAACGAUUGAGGCACUGCUGGAACAGUUGGCCGAGGUUAUUGAUGCUAGAGAACUCAUUCUGUAUGAGCGUACAACUUGUCUUACAGUGGCACAUGUUACAAGGCAGACUGAGGAAGCCAACCCGUUCACGGACCGGUUCGAGCGCAUCUCAAGCAUCCUGAAGACGCAUAAACAGAGCAUGGCGAAACACACAAAUAUUCCUGCCGGUAGUGCAAACUUUGCAGAAAUGCAGAUCAAAACGGGUCGCUUCAUGUUCUUCAUAACACGUCUCACCGAAAACACAAACCUCGCAGUCACCAUCCCGCCUUCCGAACAGGUCUUCAACGCAGCCCGCGUGAACAUCUUCCAAGUACGACCCAAAUUCGCCGAACUCGACAUCGCCGCCAAACCUAGACCUCCGAUUCAAACUGCGUUUGCAGGGAGCGCGGAUACGAGCGACAGCACAGAUAAAGGGAAGCAGAAGGAAGUAGGAUACGGAAAUGGCGUCUAG